CGCGGAGAACCCGGAAGCUUCGUGUCCAACUCCUUUGAUGCGUAACUCUACAGGCUUCUUAUCUCUGUGUCUGCCUAGAGCACCGGCGUGGGUGGCACGGGCAAGGCGCCCUGGAAGACCGUGACUGCGCACGCGCCAGGAGGAAGAGGCUAGACUAGCAGUUUUUUUUGUUGAUGUUAGGCGAUGGGUCCCCUCCCAGGGGCGGAACUAGUGAAGAGGCCUUUGCAGUUGUACCGCUAUCUGCUCCGUUGCUGCAAGGAGCUACCGGGAAAGAAUGUCCGUGAGCACUACAGGCACACAAUCCGGCAGAGCUUCAAAGUCCAUGCGGAUGAAGACAAUCCUGAGCGGAUUCAGCAGAUCAUCAAGAGGGCCAUUGAAGACGCUGAUUGGUAUAAGAAGCAAAAUUAGGUUGGGAGGCACGAAUGGGGAGAAGACAACUCACUUCUUGGACUGAUUGGGUUGAGAAGACCAGUUUGGAACUGCGGCCGGGUCACGUGAGGCCAAGGCCUUUUGCCACUGGCACAAUGAUGCUCCUCUACCUCGACCUCUCUAGGCUGUGCUUUUCAAACUUCUUUGCCUUCAUUGAUCAUCCAUGGAUGGACAAAUGGUACGUUAUUGCGAGCAAUCAGAUUUCAAUUUCAGAUUUAAAUGUGGAACUCCCUUACUGAUGGAGUUGAGAUUUUUAGCUGAAAUUAGGGGAAUGUUCAAAUCCUGGAAAAGGAGGCAUUUGCGAUCGCAGCUUCUCAAGUUGUAUCGGCAGGACUCUGCUUAAGACUAAGGUUGUGCUGGCUUCACUGCGUCUCCACUUCCAUUCUCUGAAUGUGGGGACACGCAACACUGGUGAAACUCUGCCCCCUUUUACUCCAAAGCCUGGGAAGUUGCAGCUUGAGCGAGUUUUGCCUUGAAGUCGGCUUCACACAGUCUUCAGAACUGAUUGGCCAUCAAUCCCGUUGCUGCUGCAGGUGUAUCCAAUGAAAACGUUUCACUGUAGGGUCAGGCAGACACAGUGAUUGGCCCAGCCCUUUGCGGUGGACGGUCCUAAUCAGCAGCGGGGAAGGGAGACAUGUCCAGCUGUGGGCAGAGUAAUUUCAAAAUGCAGCCAGAGAAAAUGGUCUGCAGCCUGAAUAAAGAACAUCACUUUGUGUUGCCGAAAUUCAGAUGAUUGGGAUUGGAGGCCACUAUUUAAUCUGAAGUCUUUAUUCAAACCCAGUGCAUUAAUAGCCACAAUGCUGCUUACAAUCAAUAAAUUAGCUGGAGUUUACAUGCUGAAGAUUCAAGGAUCCAUUGCUGGUUUAAAUUAAAACCUCCACAGGGUGUAUACAAAAUAAAGUUAUGUGCUGUUUAAUCCAGUUUUAAAAAACGCGUGUCCUAUUCCAUUAGAUUGCCUUUUUUUUUUUU